UCCUUAUUUCCCACUCACACACCGACAGGCUCUUUAAUCGAUCGCUGCUACCGGUCUCCGCUUUCAAACUCUCCAUGGCCGCCAACAAUCCAUCUCAGCUGCUCCCAUCAGAGCUAAUUGAUAGGUGCAUAGGGUCGAAGAUAUGGGUGAUAAUGAAGGGAGACAAGGAGCUCGUUGGUACUCUUAGGGGCUUCGAUGUCUACGUCAACAUGGUCCUCGAAGACGUCACUGAAUAUGAGAUUACUGCCGAAGGGAGACGGAUAACAAAGCUUGAUCAGAUUUUACUAAAUGGAAACAACAUUGCUAUUCUCGUCCCUGGUGGUUCACCCGAUCCAGAAUGAGAGUGCAGCUAACCUUUACUUGGUUCUUGAUUUUCUUCAUUCACUGUGGUUGGGGUCAGAUUACUCCUCUGUUUUAAUGAGAAUUCUGACCACCAAGAUGCUCUUUUCUCCACCACUGUUGUUUAGUUAUUGUCAUGGUUGUAGGAUAAUUGGUGGUGGGUUCUGCAAUGAUCAUGGAGUAUGCUGGUUUGUGUUUGUCCGAUUUGUUAGUUUUUCCUUUCUUUUUUUCCCCAUUUAUUUUCUUACUGUAAGUGCCAUGAUCAUUACAAUUGAUACAGAUAUGAUAUGACUUGUUUCAAAACAUAAUUUACAUUUA